AUGCAAACCUCAAAAAUCUCACAACUGUUGAACUUGUCAAGCAACCUUUUAAAUGGAACGAUUCCAGCAGAGAUUGAUGGUUUCAACAUGCUACAAGAACUUAUGUUGUCUAACAACUCACUAACAGGUCCAAUUCCAGCUACACUGGGACAUAUUACUUCAUUGGGUCUACUUGACUUGUCAAAUAACAAUUUAAUCGGAGAGAUUCCACCAAGUCUAGGGAAUCUUAGUGAAUUAACUUAUUUGUACCUCAACAAAAAUCUGCUUUCAGGAGCCAUACCUCCAGAGAUACGUCACUGCAAGGACUUGUACAGGCUAGAUUUGUCUCAUAAUAGAUUAAAAGGGAGGAUCCCUGGAGAAUUAUUAUCUGGUCUUAGUGAGAUCAGAAUGUUUUUGAAUCUUUCUCAUAAUUUUCUUGAUGGGAAUUUGCCUCUUGAAAUUAGCAAGAUGGAAUCAGUUCAAGAGAUUGAUCUCAUCUCUGAUCCUUCAACCCAUUGGAACCCAUCUCAAUCUCAAUCUCAAUCUCAUGGAGUGGGACAAACAGUGGACCAUUACUAA